GGGCAGAGCAGGAUAAUUAUGUUGUUGGAUGGAUUUUCAUUUUCUUUCUGGUUUUCUUUGAUCUUCAACAUCAGACUCAGAGUGUGAGUGAUCAAAAUAUGCAUUUGGAUAUGAAGAGAAUCCAAAAAAAAUUGGAUAUGAUUCGAUCCAUCUUCAGAAUAAGUUUUUUUACAGAGUGAUGAAUGAGAAACAAGAAGAUGUGGGAGGGGUUAUGGACACCGCCACUUCCAUGUUGUUCCAGCCUUCUUUUUCCUCUAACCUCAGCAACGUGCCGAGCGCGAGUCAGCUGAUAUCAAAAGUAAACAAGCGGCGCAGGACGUCGAACGGGCUAAAGCGGAUGAGGGCGCUGAACGUGCCUUCCGUUUGGCAGAGAAAAAGGCGACAGACCUAGAAGAAAGCGUGGCAAGACUGAAAGAAGAAAAAGCGAAAUUAGUGGACAUGGUCUUAUGUGGUUUACAACUGGAGGAUGUUUUAAAAUAAACAAAUAAUCUCUACUGGUGCUAGGAACAGCACCAUCGGGGAUACAUACAUACAUUCUCAGUAAGUUACAGUUGGAGUAGUUAUCGUGGUAAUAUCAUGUGAGGACCAGGUUCCUUGUAGAAAGUAAGCAGUCUUAUCGUUUUCCAUCCUACGUAAGUAUUCUUGCUAGCUAUAAUUCCUAUUCGUAGUCGCAUCAAUAGUCGUGCUUUGUGUUUGAAUCACGUCGGUCGUCUGCAGUUUCAGUUCAUGUACUGUAGUAAGUGUAUUCUAAUCCCUGCCGCUGCAGGCUCUACCACUUCUACGAACGAGAAUCGCAUCUCAACUGCGACAAAGAUCCACGAUUCCCAUGCUGAAGUUGAGAGCUUACGCCGUGAAGUCGAGGCCGCCGCAAAAGCGCGCGACAACGAGGUCACUGAAUUGCAGCUACAACUACGAAGAGCGGAGGUAGAACUGGCUGAGGUGAAAUCGCUGAGAAAUUUGUCACCUAAGGCUUCCGAGGAUAGGGUGAAGAGUCCAGCUCACAAAUCUUCACCGUCGUCGUCGAGGGCAGGGUCGAAGCAACGACCUGAAAACAGUGGUGAAUCUAGUAGUACAGCUGUUGCUAUUGGCAUUGUUGAACAACAUCAACAAUUAAGGCUACCGCUGAUGCAUGUCCUUAACAGCACCAUGCAGAUAUUUUCCUUGGUUCUUCUUUUUCUACUGGAAAAAGAUCUUUUUCUACUGGAAAAAGAAGCCAGGGAUCAUCGUGCUCUGAAGAGUGUAAUCUUAUUUUCGUAAAACCUCGUCUAACGCAACCUUCUACUAGUGUCAGCAAUGCCUUUGCGGAAAGAGAGCGUACGAUGGUGACGCAAUUGCGGAAGGACAUUGUUAAACUAGAGGAGGAAAAACUAGAGGCUUCUAUUAAGGCAAUGUAGUUCAUCUAGGUGUAGUUUCUCUUGUCGUUCUUGGAGGACGGUUCCGGUUGGUUAUUUUGCCUUUCAUCUACAACUUAAAAGGGAAGAACAACAACAAUAAAGGCAUAAAGAUAUCAUGGACGGGCAGUCAGUAAGGAAGCCAGUAAAAACAGCAAAUUAAUAAUAAUCAAGCCUACCGCCUCUUCUAAUUCCAACGCCUUAGCUGAUAUAAAGCGGGAGAAGGAGACUCAAAUCGAAGAUUUGACGAAGAAAGUGACGAUACUCGAGGAGGAGGCAGCACAAUUGCGAAAGAAGACCUUGGAACAGGUAUCAG